AUGCCUAGUGUGUUCCAGGAGCGGCAGCACCAGCAUAGCUCCACUGAGGACAGUGAGAAUUCCGGCUUGGAGGAAGAGCGCAGGGAACACCAAGUGGUCCCGCCGGUGGCUGAGGCGAAUUCGACCAUCGUCGAGGUCCAGGGCGGCAAGCGAAAGUGUAAGAAGAAGCACACGUCUGCCAAGAAGAAGAGGAGCAGGCAGUCCGAGACGGAAGAUGAAACAGGUACGUCAUCUUCUGAUUCCGACAGUGACUGUACCAUGGAUGGUUACUGGGGUUUGGGAGAAGGGAAUCAUGGGAUCCCACUUUGGGCUCAUGAGAGGAGGGCCAACUCUCACCGAAAGACGUUUAAUGGAGUUUUGGACUGGAAGGACGGGGCCUUGGUUGAGGAUGUAAAGGUGGCCACCAACCAGUCCACCGAUUUCAUAUUGGGGAACCACCUGUCCCAGAAAAAGAGGAAUAAGAUCCUCAAUGGCGAUUAUGUAGACAUGUUUACCCUGCUCCCCCCAACAAAACUGUUAGGAAAAGGUGAAAAGAGGCGAUCUUCUGGUAAAGGAAGAUACCGGACCCCCAGGGCCGAGCGCACAUUCGAGAACUGGCUAGACGGGUACCAAGUUUUCAUGGGAGUUGUUUGCGCUGCGUAUCCUCGGAGAUCGAUGGAUUUGGUGGCCUACUUAGCUCACGUUAGGCGGGCUCACUCGCCGCGGGGGAGCAUGCCGCGUUAAUGUAUGACGAGAAUUUUCGCAGAAAUGCUUCCCUCCUCCCUACCACCCGGUGGGACCUAACGGACCCUAACUACUGGGGCGAGGACGUUAACCCGUAUAUUGAAAAGAAAUACCUGGGAUCCACAUUGACCAAGCCUG